GGAGGAGGUACGUCUUCGCAAUGGUGAGACGAGGCCGCCCGCUCGCAACGCGCUGCCGCGGCCUCGACGGCUCCGUUGGCGCUUGGGGGCCGCACGCGCGCGGGCCUCUGGCAGAGACCGGGCCGCCGCCAUGGUGCUUCAUGGGGUGAGUAAGCCGCGUGUUGCUCCAGAUAUCCAGCGAACUCCCGUUCCGUUUCGUGGAUGUGCUUCAGCGCCGGCGCCGUCACGGGAGAGAGCGUCUCGGUUCCGGUAUGCCGUCUCGAACGAAGUGUUUGACGCUUCUCUUCUACCCCUACUGGCCCAUCCAGGAAGGAUGCCCAGGAGAGUUUCCUUGAUCAGGGCACUGAGAAAGUAUGCAGUGGAGCAAGUUUGGGAUCAGCCUGAUCAGGCCCAGGAUGAGGACGAGCACGUGAAGGAGUGGCACUUUUUGCUGACGUCCAGUUGGAACCGCUUCUCGCUGAACGGUCAAAGUACUAUGAUCCGCGCAAAGACGAAACGACAUUAAACCAGAAAAGACUGUCGGAAUACGAAUAGGGAUGCGGACCUAGCUCGCUUACCAGAGUGAGUUCAGACCUCUAGAUGCUUCAGAUGAACGCGCCUGAUGAUUCCGAAUCGGUUUCUGUGCGUACCACAGCUCUGUAGCUCUCCUAAAUCUCCAGGAGCAAGGGGGGCCUGCCGACUGAGCUGGCGCCGAGCCCCGUGGAGGACAGAUGCCCGCCUGGCGUCGCACCUCCCGCGGGGGGGCUGCGCACCUAUGCGGCAGGCGCGACCCUGACGCCGGAGGAGCUGUGCAAGUUCGGAUGCGGGAUGAUGGUUUCGGCCAGUGCCGGCGGCAGGAAGUUCGACACGUGUUGCAGGGCUUGCGCCACGAGCGAGAAGCACGACCAGCGCGACGAAAAGUGCAGCGGUCCUCCCAAGGCUCCACUGGUGUGCCCAGAAGGGGCCAAGUGCAGGGGCCGAAGCAGGCAGCAUUUGACGGAUUUCGUGCACCCUCUGGACCUCGACUACGCGAAGUGUUGCCAGGCCGCCGGUAAAGAGGUGGAGCCGCUCACUCUGAGAAUGGCGUUCGACUGGAUGGAUGCAGACGGCUCGGGGAAGCUCUCUCGGAAGGAGCUCGCGGAGGGGAUUGCGAUCGUCGGUGAUCUCAGAGGCGAUCAGAUGGAGGACAGGCCUGUAAUCUCAGAUAAGGCUUGGAGGGAGGUCGACGCAGACGGCAACGGUGUUGUCAAGUUCUUCGAGUUUGCAUGCUGGGCUGGCCCCAGAUGGGGCCUCCCGCUGGGCCUGAAGCGGAGCGCAAGCAUGGCGCAGAAACAGUGCUGUACUGUGUUGGGAUGCCCUUGCACGGAGUUCAAGCCUGCCAAGCUCCACAGGUGCACGAACUGCAAGCACAGGAAAAGUCUGCGUGUUCAGCACGGCAAAGAGGGCGGCGAGGUGGACUAUCCAGCAUACUGGAGCACAAAGUCGGCAGACGUCUGCGAUCUGGUUCCUCUCCCGUCCAGACAAUUGCAGGACUUUCAGGCGCUCUCUGACAGCUCCUACAAAAAGACGUGGACCCGUGACAGGACGAGACACAACCCUGACCGACCUGAAGUCCCAAAGGGCUACCGGGUGAUAAAUGCAUUCAGGAACGAGAACGGUAAAUUAUGGAGCGAGUAUUUUUCUCGCCCGUCUACGUUGCAAGAUCAGAUGAGGGGCGCGAGUGGUUCGGGGUCGCAGUCAAUCGCAGUCUACAAUAAGGAGGUGCGAACUUCGGUGGCUUCCGUCAAGUUCAAUCACGGCGACGUGUUGGCGCGCGAUUGCAACGAGUGGUACUUGCUGCAUGGCGCCAACCCUGCCGCAGCAAUGGAAAUUUGCAACUCAGAUUUUACAAUUCGAACUGCUGGCUCGAACACUGGCACUUUGCAUGGCCGAGGAUUGCUUUUUGCCGACUCGAUCACCAAAGCCGACGAGUAUUCAAAGCCCAACAGUAAUGGGGUCUACGCAGUCCUCGUCUGCCGCGUCUUGGGGGGCCGCGUCCUCUACACCGGUGAGGUCAAUCCCGAUCCAGAGGACCUGGUCGAGCAGUGCGUCUCGGGCCCCUACGACGCAGUCCUUGGGAACCGCGAGAAGUGCCGGGGAACGUUUAAGGAGUUCGUCCUCUUCGACACGGAGGAUGUCUUCCCCGAGUUCAUUAUCGAGUACCAGAGGCUCUAAUGAGCGGGCGCCCGGCUGCCCGAGGUGCGCCUCGGUGGGCCGCCGGGCGGAGCCCUCGCCGACGCCUUCGUCUUCGGCGCCCGUCUCCCAGAGCUCAUCAGCACCAGGGGAGGGGAAACGCCGCAGGCCUCAAUUUUUGGUGCUCCGCGCUGGACUUCUGAGAUCCGCGCUGAAGCCCCCGAAUUUUCGUCUUCUGCGACAUCCGUCGGGUUGCUUCUGCUGGCUCGAACCCUGAGAGCCGGGCGUUGUAUAUUUGUUGUUGACACGUGGGGUUGCGAACGUGUGGUUCUCCUUCACCUGUCGCGCGAGCGAACUAUUUGUGCCUCCGACUGCUGCCAUCGUUUCGAUGCAAAUGGUGGCCGCGGAACGCAUGACGACGGUGAAUCGGCGCCUUUUCCACAUGUUGUCGGACAGUAAUAUGAGGUUUCGUGUUCGGACGGAUCCCCGCGGGGCACACGUUGUACGUGCGUGGGGUUCGCGUCGCCCCUGCCGCUGCUCCCGCUGGAUAUCGAAGACAGGGGAGGAGGGAGAGGAGAACGCCGUCACCAGAUCUUGCUCACGGUGCCCUGCUUGAUAGCAAGGCUGCCCUUUCUCGUGCCAGUCAUGCAGUUGUUCGAUGUCCAGCCGUGUGGCAUUGAAUGAGGGGGGGGGGCCUGCGACUCCCAACCCGAGCUGACAUCACCAUCUUGAGGCACUAUUGGUGGAUUGUUGGGGCCAUCGAGUUACCAUGUUGUGCUCUGACGUCCAUUGAUCCGCGCUGUUGGCCGCUCGUGGCACGCUUUAGCAAGGAGUUUUGCUUGCAGGUCUCCCAGAAGCGCCAUCGCUCGCGCGGAUCAGAGUUAUCAGUACCAGAUUAAGCACAUGUUUGGGCCUGCCUGCUUGGAGGAUGGAUCACGCCCCUGGCCCCCGCUGGACUGGCGAAAUUGCACCGCCGUGCAAAGACGCGGCAGGAGUUCAGGAGAUCCACACGGAGACCCGGCGUGUUUCACACGGCGAUUUUUCAUUGACACAGGGCAUUUGGUGAGUAGGACGGCGAAGCUGAAC